UAUAGCCUCUCAUUCUUGAAUUACCAUGUAAUUUUCCAGUAAAUUACAUUAUGUUGUAAUUAAAAGUUUAACGACUUUCCUGAGGGAGAAAAAAAUGAUUCACGUGCAGUGAAGAGAAGAAGAGAGGAAAAAAAACUAUUUGGUGGAAGAAAAUCAGCGAUAAGAUUAUUUUCGUGCAUGAGUGGAGCACCUCAGUUCAGUUGGGGCCGUGAUGUGAUCGUAUGCGGGUGUUUUGUGGUCUGCGCUGUGAGGCUAAAGUAGAAAGAAGAAAAAAAUCGCAUUGUAGAGUAUUUGUUUGUAUUGGCUUUUGUGAAUACAUAAUUCAUGGGAAGAAAACCUGGCGUGAUAUCGCAAUUUGCAUAUGUCAGGAGAAUUCUCAAAUCACCCUCCCAACACUCUUCCAGAAGACACAAAACGCGCACGUGAAAGUUAUUUGUACUCGAGCUGCGAUUCGCAAAAUCGCAGACUAAUCCUCCUAAAAAGUCAGUCAGAGAAAGAGGUGUGCCAGUGAGAAAACCACGUGAAUCACACACGGAAAAAAUUCCCACAGAAUGUCACAACCCAAUUGCGAUAAGCUCCCAGCAGUGGAUUACCUGCAGCAGUACAAGAACCUUCUUGUGGGGAAUCGUUUGCCAAAUUUACGCAAAAAAUGGGAUCCACUCAUCCCGUGUCGAAAGGAUCGCUACCUAACGCCAGAACAGCUAAAGCAGCUCGUUGCACGAAGUCCCAGAAUCCUCAAAAUUCUCGACGAGAUGAGUGAGAAUGACAAGGCCAAGAAGAAACAACUCACAUUGACUGUGCGGCAAAUGUUGGAUGAAAUUGGCCUGGCCAGGAGCCUUCCUGUCAUCCGAUGGUUGGGCAUUUGCAUCCAGUCAACGAUUAAAAAAAUCUGCACCGGGGUGUACGUCAAUGAAGCCAGUAUUGAGAAUGUUAAGCGAAAGGUUGGAUCACAUCCUGUUCUCUACCUGCCCAGUCAUCGAAGUUACUCCGAUUUUAUCCUCAUGUCCUACCUCUGCUUUACGUACGACCUGGAAAUUCCAGGGAUUGCCGCAGGAAUGGACUUCCACGGAAUGGUGGGAAUGGGAAAUAUGUUGAGGAAGACAGGAGCUUUCUUUAUGCGUCGCACCUUUGCCACGGAUAAGCUCUACUGGUACGUCUUCAAGGAGUACAUGCACUCCUUGGUCACAGCCUACCACACGGGCAUUGAAUUCUUCAUUGAGGGCACACGAAGUCGCAGUUGCAAAGCCCUCCCGCCCAAGAUUGGCCUACUCUCCAUGGCACUGGAGCCACUCUUUAUGGGAGAAGUCCCAGACAUUACCAUUGUUCCUGUUAGUAUUUCCUACGAUCGUCCCCUGGAGGAGCAACUCUUUGUCUACGAACUACUUGGUGUGCCAAAACCAAAGGAGUCCACAAUGGGGCUCAUACGAUCCGUGUUGACAAUUGAGGAUCGCUACGGCGGGAUGUACUUUGACUUUGGAGACCCAAUCUCCGUUAAGGAGUACUUUGGGGAUAGUCUCAAUCGCUUCCAGCACGCUCUUGAGCCGGCUCACGUGCAGAACCUCACGAAGAAUGAACUCGCCUUGAUCUUUGACCUUGCGCACGAUGUUGUGAGCUGCCAACAACGAAGGAUCGUGAUAAAUUGCUUCAAUUUAAUCGCAAUCUGCUACUCCUACCGCAUGUACCUGGGCCAGGGGACGACAUUCGAUCAACUCUGUGAGGGUGUAAUCAUUCUCAGUGGUUUGCUGAGGCGUCAGGGAGCCGUAGUUGCGGUGGAUCCAUCGCGUAUUCGUGAUGUUGUGAAGGAAUCUCUGAGGAUUCACUGCAAUAUCCUAACCAUUGGCCGGGAUGAGAAGAUUGUGCUGGAAAAGCCACGAAUCUCCCUGCGAGAUGUCAAUCGGGUCAAGUUCAAAGCUCACGCCUUGACGGAAGACACAAUGAAGAACACCCUGCCAAUCUUCUACAUACAAAUCUACGUAAAUCCCUGCCUCUACUGGUGCUCCUCCGUUGCCAUAACCAUUCUCUGUGCUCAACAACUCACCGCCCAUGGGAAGAGGAAGACACAACUGGGCAAAUUGAAGCAAAGUGUGGAGAAACUACGAUUAAUCUUUGCAAAUGAAUUUGUCUUCUACACCGUCAGGGAUGAUCGGGAUUUCGCCAAAGAUCUCCAAUUGCUCAAGAACUACAAUAUUCUCAGUGAUGAGGAUGCUCAAGGACAACUAAGUUACCACGAAUCACACGUUACCGGCUACUACCUGACCACCAUUGCACCCUUCCUCUGCUGCUACCUCCAACUACUCCAUGUGAUUGACACCAAAUUCCCAACGAAAAGUUUCAACGAGAAGGAACUCCUCGCCACGGCGCAGGAGUACAUUGAGAAAUGCCUCAUGAGUCACAAUACCCUCACACAUCCCUACUGCUUAUCCCUGGACAGCCUCAGCAUUGCCUUGGGGGCAUUCAACAACCUGGGAUGUGUUACCAAGAUUAAGAACUCUGAUCUCACAGUUUACACUGCAAAUACGGAAAGUAUUAGAGAGACUCAUCGUCUUCUUCAGAGCUAUUGUCAAUUGUUGCCAUUCAAUUACCUUUUGGAUUACACUGUUGCUUCAAAAUUGUAAAAUUUUGCGCUUCUGUGCCAGCUUCCGACUAAAUUAAUUUGUAAUGGAUUUUUAUUUUAUUGUGAGGAUUAAAUAAAAAAAAAAUUGAAUGACUUUUAGGAUGUCA